AUACCUCUCUCCCUCCCUCUCUCUGACUGUCUCUCUCUCUCAAUUCCUCUGUUGCUUUGCCCUAGGGUUUGCAUUGAUCGUUCUUUUCUCCAGCGAAUCGACCGUCGGAAAGUGGGUGGCCCGAUUCUGUUUGAUCCAGAGGUCUCUUUGGAUGCUUUUAAUCUAGAGUUAUUGGAAAUUCAGAUACUCUUGAAGACGGUAAGGUGUUGAAUCAAGCAUCAUGAACUUUUUGCUGAGAAGCACUCAGUCUAUAACAUCAGAACCUCCUAGUGCAACAGAAGUGUCCACAGGGAGGCACAAAGUUUCCAAGUCAGCUACUUUGGAGGGCCUUAUUAGUGAAGAGCCACUCUCCAAUCAAUCUGGAGAUGAGGACGGUCAACAAAAUAUGGACGGCUUUGGGACUGUAGGAAAUGAUGUAGAGGAUGAUCUGCCUCCAAAGGCCAGCAGUACUAGCAGCACUAUAAAAGAUCAUGUGGACGUUUCUGAAGAAGAAGGACGGAUAGUCAUUCCAUGCAAGGAGCUUUCUGAAGAUUGGAGUGAUGCAAGUAGCAUACAUUCAUUUCACUCUUUAGACCGUGGCUUUGUCUUCCCUGGUGAGCAAUUUCAUAUUCUUGUGUGCUUGUCAGCAUCAAGACAUGAAACAGAGGUUAUAACGCCCUUCAGAGUAGCUGCUGUAAUGAGCCGAAGUGGUUCUCCUGAGCUAAAAGCUAGUUGGAAUGCCCUCAGAAAAGGAAAUGGUUCCAAUUCAGUUCAUACCGAUGAAAUCUCUGCAAAUCACACUUCCAAGGAGAAUGGGGAUCUUGGAACUCCCGGCAAAAGUGUUGCUCCAACGCUUGAUGUUUCAGCAACUGAAUACCUUCUCAGGAUGGAAGAUCACAAGCAACAGACUGAGGCAAUGCUUAAUAGAUUCAAGAAUUCACACUUUUUUGUUAGGGUUGCUAGUUCAGAUGAGCCCCUUUGGUGCAAGAAAAGUGAAGUGGAAUUUUCUGCAAGUUCUGAGGUUACUGGUGAGAACAAUAACAUGACUGGUACUGCCUGUAAGAAAGCUUCAGGAAGAGUGGAUUUCCCUUCUGCAGUCAUAGAGAGAGGAUCUUUUAAUUCUCAUGCAUCUGGUGGAGUGGCUCGAAAUAUUGAGAGAUGCUGCUCCCUCUCAAAUGGAGAUAUAGUGGUUCUUUUACAAGUGAAUGUUGGAGCUAAUGUUACAAAAGAUCCUGUCCUUGAGGUUCUUCAGUUUGAGAAAGAUGAGAGUGAGUCAUCUCAAGAAAUACCUGAGAACAUGCCAGACAGCAGUGACCAUGACCCUUGUGGAAAUUUGCUUAAAUGGCUGCUCCCUUUGGAUCGUCCUUUAACUCCCCCACUUCGUCCUCAGUUGCCUCCUUCUUUGAGCUCAAAUUUGGGUUCUGUAAGUGUGUCACAAAGAUCAACCUCAUCUAAUACAUCAAGCACCCCUCUUUUUUCAUUUGGCAAUUUUAGGAGUUACUCGAUGUCAUCUCUCCCACCAACUGUGACACCACCCACACCUGCCAUUCCUUCUCCAUCUAGGCCUGCUUUUGCUUUAGAAGAUUGGGAUCACUUUCUAUCCCAGAAGCUUGUGAAAAGUAAAGAAGUUGGUACUGAAGAUAUUUUAUCUUUCAGGGGUGUAGCUCUAGAGCCAAAUAGAUUCUCUGUUCAUUGUGGGCUAGAAGGCCUAUAUAUACCAGGCAGGAGGUGGAGAAGAAAGAUUGAAAUUAUUCAACCAGUAAAAAUUCAUUCCUUUGCAUCUGACUGCAAUACGGAGGACCUCCUGUGUGUUCAGAUAAAGAACGUCGUUCCAGAACAUGUCUCGGAUGUAGUGAUAUUUGUUGAUUCUAUAAAUCUAAUCUUUGAGGAAUCAUCAAAAGGGAAGCCAUCUGUAUCUCUACCAAUUGCAUGUAUUGAGCCUGGUGAUGAUCAUAGUCUACCAAAUCUUGCACUCAGGAGAGGGGAAGAGCAUUCAUUCAUCUUAAAGCUGGCUCCUUCACUGUGGAAAGAUUCCAAUGCAUGUGGUGAAAAAAAUUUGAAUCCUCCCAGUACGUAUUCAUCUAGGAAAGGCAUUUCCUCAGGCUCUGACGAGUAUGCAGUUAUUGUAUCAUGCCGAAGUAACUACACAGAAUCAAAGCUCUUCUUCAAGCAUUCUACUAGUUGGCGACCUAGAUUAGCAAAAGAUCUCAUGAUAUCAGUAGCAUCAGAAAUGUCAGAACAAAAUCUUGGGCUGAGCGGGGGUUUGUCAGAGCUUCCUGUGCAGGUGCUGACACUCCAGGCAUCAAAUUUAACUCCUGAAGAUCUAACAUUAACUGUUCUUGCUCCGGAGUCAUUCACCUCACCGUCUACGGUUGUAUCCUUGAAUUCUGCACCAUCCACUCCUAUGGGCUCAUUCAUGAACUUUACAGAAUUUAAAGGAAAAGACGGUUUGGAGGAAGACACCAACUCUCGGAGACGAUCUCUGCCGAAAAAUUCAGAGAAGGAGAACAUUGGUGGCACGAAAAGAUCUGUUUCUUUCAACCAACAUGAAGCACCUGUGGAAUUUCUUCCUGAUGCAAGUACUUCUUGUACACACCUAUGGUUGCAGAGCAGAGUUCCCUUAGGAUGUGUUCCUUCUCAAUCAACUGCAACUGUGAGGCUUGAAUUACUUCCACUAACAGAUGGGAUAAUAACUCUUGAUACGCUGCAGAUUGCGGUAAAAGAAAAAGAUCUGGUUUAUGUACCUGAGAGUUCAUUGAAGAUAUAUUCAACCUCUAGUAUUGCAACUAGCAUUGCGUAAUACAUGCACAUUAGAGUGGUGUUUGCCUGUUUAGAUUUUCUGGAUAAACAAUCAUCAGCUCGGUUCACACCUUAGGAAAAGUACGAGAAACUGGUUGCAAAGCUGAAGUUUUUUGUCAGCAGUGGCGAUGUUGUAAACAGCAGUCCAGUAGGGAAGCAGAUCCAAAUUUGCAGAAGCAUUUGAGAUUGAAUUACUGAAGCUUCAGGCUCAAUAAGUGAUAGAGAGGAGAUAAAUUCUUUUCCAGCCUGGCCUUUCUCCUUGGGGAAUUGCUUUGUAACAUCUACCUAGAUACAACGGAGCUUUGAAAAGGUAAAUCUGUAAGCCCGUCAGAGAUAAGCAAGAGUGACAUUCUUUUCAAGCCUCAUCAUUUUGCUUCCUUGCGAUGUCAUGUGAUUUUGCCUAAUCUAUGGUAAGAUCUGUUUCCUAUUGCAAGUGUUUGAGUGCGUGGUAAGCGGAGAGCUGUGAAGUGAAGUUUGUGAGUGAUUGAGAAUGUGGUGAGAGGAAUUGUGAAGGAUCUUGAUCAAGUACAAACAUUCAAUUCUGCAACCUUUGCUUGUCUGUCUUCUUAAGACAUUGUUGCCA